AUGAAGACCCGGGUGUGCAUCGUCGGCGCUGGGGCGGCUGGAAUGUCCUGUGCUUAUGCACUUAGUAAACAUACCGAAAAGUACGAAGUUACUAUAUUUGAUAAACAAACUGAAGCUGGAGGAAUGGCAACUUCGAUAUCCAUUGAUGCCGAGCGGUAUGGGGCAAGCUACAUCAAUGAUGGAGUUCAAGGAUGUUCUCCUGCAUUUGCCAAUACCAUCAAAAUGUUCAAGCUACUGGGCUAUGAAUGUACCGAGGUCGGGAUGCAGAUAUCAUUUGGUACAGGCCCCAAUUUUUGGUCCAACGUUUUCCCUUCUCCGCUUGUUCGCUCGUUCGAAUCAGAUAUUGCAAAGUUCGGUCGUGCUCUUAAAACGAUCAAACGCCUUGAACCCAUAUUUGCUUUCAUACCCAUCCAACGCAUGCUUUCAUUGUUCCGAUUCAGCCCGUCCUUUGGCGAACGUAUGGUCUACCCCUUGGCUGCAUUAUUCUUUGGAACAGGGAACCAGACACCUUAUGUUAGCUCAGCAAUUCUUGCACGCGUAUUUCUAGACCCGAGUAUGCGGCUUUUUGAAUUCGACGAUAGGAGUUUGUUGGCGAGCAUCCCCACGAUGUUUGCCUUCCCCCGACUGGGCGAUGUGUAUCGUGCGUGGCAGCAAGGGAUCGAAAAGACGGGGGCGACCUUCAAGCUAGGCCACGAAGUUAAGAACGUAGUCCAGAGAAAGGACUCUAGCAAGGGUGGAGUUGUUGUCGAGUAUGCGAAAGGGGACGCCGAAGAACUCGAGAGCGAGACGUUUGAUGAGCUCGUCAUGGCUACUGAUGCAGAUGCAGCGCUUAAAAUUCUGGGAAAAUCGGCAACUUGGAUGGAACGUCAAGUGCUAGGUAGUGUCAAAUAUCUAUAUGAUAUUACAAUCACUCAUAACGACUUGGAUUAUAUGAACAAGCACUACGAAACCAAGUUCAAAGAUUCUCUUGCUGCCGAUCCUCAACCCGAGCAUGCAAAAGACGAUCAAGAUGCAAUCGAAUUGGGUAGAAAAGAGUUCAAACCUUUAUACUAUACCAAACAGUACGAGGAUGACAAACGCAAAAUUGAGAUGAGUUUUGACUUAACUCAUUACCAACCGCAGUUUAAGGGUAUUGCCAGUACACCAGGAGAUAAAGGGUUGGAUCAUAUUCCCCACGACGAGAAACCCAUGGAGCAACAUGUGUUCCAAACUAUCUUUUUGGAUAGGGAUAGCUCUGAAGGAAUGUGGACGUGGAACGAAAUCCCAAAAGAGAAACGCAUAUACGAGAAAUGGUGGAAACAGCAAUCCCACAGGUGGCAGCACUACGCUAAAGUUGUCCCCUGGAUGAUGUUUAUAAAUGGCAAAAACCACACCCAUUUUGCUGGGGCAUGGAGUGUCCUCAAUAUGCAUGAACUCGCAGUUACUUCUGGAUUCGCAGCGGCAUACCGGCUUGGUGCAGACUUCCCUUUCCGAGGAGACGAUGAUUGUGAGAGAUUGUUCAAGUUGUACUUGGCAUUGAGCCACGGCACCCGUGCGAGGAAAGAAGAUCGCAAAGGGUUCUUCGUAUAG